CAAAAAGUAGUAGUUUAGUUGGACGGUCCAAUUUUUUCCUAUCUAUAACUACCCUUCUGCUAGUUCAACUCACUUCCAUUUUCUGCAAGCUCUCCUGUUCAAACCUAUACAAUAUAGGUACAAAUUCAAAAGCCAAAAAAAAAAAUUUUAAAAAAAAUCUCUAGCUUAAUUUAUUUCGGCAGAAGGACGAUGGUUUUUCCAAAUAAUCAUGAACUUGAUGAAUCGUCUUCACAAUUGAGAAAAUCGAGUGGUGGAGGUAGAGGGAAGAUUGAAAUUAAAAGGAUCGAAAAUACUACGAAUCGACAAGUUACGUUUUGUAAACGUAGAAAUGGGCUAUUGAAAAAAGCUUAUGAGCUUUCUGUUCUAUGUGAUGCUGAAGUUGCCCUAAUUGUGUUUUCCAGCCGUGGCAGACUCUAUGAAUAUGCCAACAACAGUGUUAGGGCAACUAUUGAUAGGUACAAGAAACACCAUGCUGAUUCCACAAGUACGGGAUCUAUUUCUGAAGCAAACACUCAGUACUAUCAGCAAGAAGCAUCCAAACUGCGACGGCAAAUCCGAGAUAUACAGACUUAUAACAGGCAAAUAGUUGGAGAGGCUCUAAGCAGUUUAAGCCCAAGGGACCUCAAAAAUUUGGAAGGGAAACUUGAAAAGGCCAUUGGUAGAGUCCGUUCCAAAAAGAAUGAAUUGCUCUUCUCAGAAAUAGAGCACAUGCAAAAGCGGGAGAUUGAGCUGCAGAAUGCCAACAUGUAUCUACGAGCAAAGAUAGCAGAGGUAGAGAGAGCACAAGAGCAAAUGAACUUGAUGCCUGGAGGAGGAGGAUCUGAUCAAUACCAUCAUCAUCAGGCAGCAAAUUAUGAAGAUGCUCGCAACAACUUCCUGCCUGUAAAUCUGCUGGAACCUAAUCCACAUUACUCUCGCCGCCCUGACGAGGACCAAACUCCUCUCCGGCUUGUCUGAGAAUCUUGGAGGGGCUCUACUAUCAGGUUUUCUGAAAUUGGGUCAUGAAGGGUCUUUCCUCCAUCUUCAGAAAUGUGUGCUCCAAUUUUUAACCUAUACUGUUGUAAAUCAUAAUACAACUAUUACCACUUGAGAUUUAAACUGCUUAUUUUCAAGACAUAUUCUUCAGUCAUCUGUUAAGCAAUGAAAUCUUGUUUGUUACAUAA